AUGGUGAAGGAAUUAGGGUUUGAACAGAUUGCCAUUCCCUUGGUAGCGGAUUGUGAAGAGUGUCCGCGCAGCAGCAUAUUCGCUACAAAAGGGUGCCUAUCAGCGGAUAAUUUGCUCAUUAUCUUUCCCAGCGCAUCGACCAUGCCUGGGAUUUGGAGCCGUAGUUUGUGCAUCGAGAAGGGCCUCCAAGCAGGUAUAAUCCCGCAUUUUUCUCCAGUAUUAGGCACGAUGCUUCCAUUUUUUGUCAAGGCGCUAAGUCUUGGCCUCGGCGUGAUUGUUCUGAAUCCCAACGUGAAUAGCGUGCGAAUCGCUACAUCCAACGGGGGCUUCACCAAACAUUCCAUCCCUCACAACGAAACUCCCGACAUGCACGUUCUAUACGUCUGGGACCGCAUCGUCUCGCAAGCCUCCGCAUCGAACAUCUUCAUUCUAGCCUACAACCAAGGCGGGAUCCAAGCGAAGAACCUCCUCCAGUCGCGCGAAUCGGAGGUUCUCCGCCGCCUGCGCGCGAUCGCCCUCACGGAGUCCUCGCACUCGCUGCAGUCGGAGCUGAACUUCGGUCUGGGCAGCGGCGACAGUCGCUCCAUCCGCCAAUUUCUCGAGCAGCACGCCAUCAACUGGGUCGCCUCCUCCCUCCCCGCGGGGCAGCGUCUCCAGGUGUGCCUCCUCCAAGUGCUCGGCUGUCUGUGCAUUUCCGCGGGAAUGGGGGACACCUCGAACCGCGCGCUAACGAACUUGUUAGCGCUGGAGUGCAUCUUCUUCUUCUUCCAGGUCUCCUGCCCCCCCGCGAAGCACGUUUCCCGCGCUCCCGACGGGCUCCCGCGCCCCGCGCCCUCCGUCGCCUUCUGGGAGCACCUGGUCAAGUCGCUGGGGAUCCCCGCGGUUCCCUCGCAGCCGUCGGAAGAGCCGAGCGCGCUGCAGGAAAUCCCGGUGACGGAUCUGAAGCCGGCGACGGACUGGAUCCCGGACAGCGACGUGAGCGAGUGCCAGACGUGCAUGAAGUCGUUCUCGUUCCUGGUGCGGAAGCAUCACUGCCGGCUCUGCGGCCGCGUGGUGUGCGGCGAGUGCAGUCGCUACCGCAUGGUGCUGGAGCGGACCAACAAGCCGGUGCGCGUGUGCAGGACGUGCUAUUUUGGGCAUAUGAACGACGGGGGCACGCGGAUGGUGACGGCGGCGCAGGUGUCGACGCCGCUGUCGAAGGACGACUUCCAGCUGCUGAAGGUGAUCGGGAAGGGGUCGUUCGGGAAGGUGCUGCUGGUGCGGAGCAAGCGCGACCACAAGGUGUACGCGCUGAAGAUUUUGAUGAAGUCGCGCGUGCUGGCGCGGAAGCAGGUGGAGCACACGCGCAGCGAGCGGAAAAUUUUGGAGGAGAUCGACCACCCGUUCCUCUGCCGGCUGGAGUUCGCGUUCCAGACGGAGGGCAAGCUGUACAUCGGGAUGGAGUUCCUCGCCGGAGGGCCGCUCUUCUACCAUCUCCAGCAGUGCCAUCACUUCCCGGAGGACCGCGCGCGAUUCUACGUGGCGGAAGUGAUCGUGGGAAUCGGGCAUCUGCACGAGCACAACAUUUUAUACCGCGACAUGAAGCCCGAAAACAUCCUCCUCGACCGCGAGGGACACAUCGUCAUCACCGACUUCGGACUCUCCAAGCUCAUCGGCGACGCGGAGGGCAAGGCCCAGACCAUCUGCGGAACGCCCGAGUACGUCGCGCCGGAAGUUCUCGCGGGACGGCCGUACGGACGCGCGGUGGAUUGGUGGUCGGUGGGCACGCUGCUCUACGAGAUGAUCGCGGGGCUGCCGCCCUUCUACGACAAGAACCGAAAGAACAUGUUCAACAACAUUCUCAACGCGAAACUGCAGUUCUCGAAUCUGUUCUCCCCAGCCGCGCAGAAUCUGAUUUCCAGACUACUCGUGCGCGAUCCCGCGCUGCGGCUUGGCUCGGGGGCGCAGGACGCGGAGGAGGUGAAGUGCCAUCCGUUUUUCGCGGGGAUUGACUGGAAAGCGCUGGAGAGGAAGCAAAUCCCGCCGCCGUGGAAGCCCAGUUUGCUGAGCGAGACCGACACGUCGUAUUUUAACAAGAAAUAUACAUAUGCGGAUAUUGACGAGGCGACGCCGCCGGUAGGGGAUGGAGAGGGGUUUGAUGUAGAAUGA